AUGGAGACGACAGCUCCUCCUCCAAUGUCUGAGGCUGCGGCCAUCACCGAGGCUGUCGCCAGUGCCAACAGGGACGAACAUGCGACGACGGUCAGCGAAGCGUUGAGACGGUAUCCCACUGCCAUAUUCUGGGCAAUUGCAAUGUCGUUUACUAUUGUCAUGGUGGGCUACGACACAAUUCUGAUGGGCAGUCUCAUGGCAUAUCCCUCAUUUGUCGAGAAAUACGGCACAUACCACCCGGAACUGGGAGCCAAAGUCAUCUCAGGACCGUGGCAAGUAGGACUCAGCACAGCGGGAUCCUGCGGAGGCGUCUUUGGCAUGGUCAUCAACGGCUUUGUUACCGAGAGAUUCGGUCACCGCAGGGUCACAAUGGUAGCUCUGACCAUCAUGACGGGCCUCAUCUUUAUUCCCUUCUUUGCGCCCAACGUUCACGUCUUGCUUGCCGGACAAUGUCUUCUUGGUGCCAUUUGGGGCAUCUUUUCCAUCAUGGGAGCUGUAUACUCGUCUGAGAUAUGUCCUCUUGUCCUCAGAGGCUACAUGACUUCCUUCAUCAACAUCUGCUGGGUAAUCGGCCAGCUCAUCAUUGCCGGCAUCUUGCAGGGCCUCGUCAACAACACCACUAAAUGGGCCUACAAAAUCCCCUUUGCUGUCGAGUGGGUUUGGCCGGUUCCUCUCUUCGUCCUGGCAUGGCUUGCUCCUGAUUCUCCGUGGUGGCUCAUUCGCCAGGGCCGAAUCGAAGAUGCAAGGCAUUCCUUGAAACGGCUCUCCAGCGGCCUUGAUGACGAGCAAAUCAACCAAAAGAUCCUCAUGAUGUACGAAACAAACAGACUCGAGCAGAAGAUCAAGGCGGAUGCGAGCUACUGGGACUGUCUUACAGGCGCCAACCUACGACGCACCGAGAUUGCUUGUCUGUCGCUCUCGUCUCAAAGUCUGAUUGGACAAUCUCUGGCGUACAACGCUACAUACUUCUUCGUACAAGCUGGCUUAUCUGCUUCGGAUGCCUAUAAAAUGAACUUUGGCAACAUGGGCAUCGCUUUUGUGGCAACGUGCAUCUCGUGGGUUCUCAUGACACACUUUGGCCGGCGAACUGUGCUUCUCAGCGGCUACACUUUCCUGACGCUGGAUCUCCUCCUCAUCGGCAUCUUGUCCUAUGCCUCGAACAAUUCGGCUGCGAAAUGGGGUCAGUCCGCUUUGGCGCUCGUCUGGCUGGCUGUCUACUCCGCAACUAUCGGGCCACAAACAUGGGCUGUGGCCUCAGAGGUUUCAGCAACAAGACUGAGAGCCAAGACGCUCUCCAUUGCCGGCGUCGUUUACAACAUUGUAAACAUCGUCGACAACACCAUCGAGCCAUACUUGAUCAACCCCACCGAGGCGAAUCUCAAGGGAAAGACGGCCUUUGUCUGGUUCGGUAUCAGUUUUCUGGUGACUAUUUGGGCCAUUUUUCGUAUCCCGGAGACUCGAGGCAGGACAUAUGGAGAGAUGGACGUCUUGUUUGAAAAGAAGGUCUCUGCGUGGAGAUUUGCAACGGCUGAGGUGGUGGAUGAUAUUACCAUAAUUGGAGACGACGAGGCAGAGGAAAAGGUUGAGGAUGAAAAGAGGGAGUUGGCAGGGUAUGAAACAGCGGCUACGAUAUCAUGA